AAUUGUGUUUAUCCUCCGCGGUGUUCCGUAGUCGGGGGCUCACAGAUAGGUUUCUGAAAACACCGCGUAUUGUUGGUUAGUUUGUUUGGUUCGCUAGUAAAUUGUACUUUGGUAGGGAAUUGUGCAAGUGCACAAUCUUACCAGUAAAUUAAUUUAUUACAAUGGCAUACCAGCUCUACAGAAAUACGACGCUAGGAAACAGUCUGCAAGAGAGCCUUGACGAGCUGAUUCAGACCCAACAGAUCACUCCCCAGUUAGCACUUCAAGUUCUCCUCCAGUUUGACAAAGCCAUCAACACAGCACUGGCCAACCGGGUUCGCAACAGGGUCAACUUUAAGGGGUCACUAAACACCUAUAGAUUCUGUGACAACGUGUGGACCUUCGUUCUGAAUGAUGUGGAGUUCAGGGAGGUGACGGAUCUGGUCAAGGUGGACAAAGUCAAGAUAGUCGCCUGCGAUGGGAAAAACACUGGAAACGCUGCAGAGUGAACGGAAGACGAUGGCGUCAGCUGAGACGUUACUGACGAAGAAGAGGCUGGAGAGACCACCGCAUGUCACAGACAGACAGGACUGUAUAUAUAUAAUUUAUGACAGUAAUUUCUGUAAAGAAGAUACCCUUAAACCCUUUGUGUGUGUAUAUAUAUAUAAGACCAUCUGAAUCAAUGGGAGUGAUCAGGGAGAGGGUGAAUGGACCAGUCAAGGCCUUGGAUAUUGCUUGCGUUUUUUUUUUUUUUUUUUUAUAUAAAUAAAUGAGUUUCUUAGAACUGCC